AUGCAUAUCCUCUGUACUAUAUGCAGCGACCUAAUAAAUCAAUCUGAAAGUAUAUAUGUGACAAAAUGCGGUCACAUAUUUCAUCAUCACUGCCUUAUACAGUGGAUUGAAAGGUCAAAAUCCUGCCCGCAAUGCCGCAACAAAGUCACAGAGAAAUGCAUGUUCCGAAUGUAUCCUACAAUAUCAAAUGAUGUGACAAGCGGUGAAGACUCAGCUACUUUACAGUCUAGAUUGGAUGACACACAAUUACAGCUCAGGCAACAAAAAUCUGUGUGCAGAGAUAAAGAGGACAAAAUAUCUGAUUUAAUAGGGGAGCUAAAAAAGAAUGAAGCUCUAUUAAAAUCAUAUGAAAAGAAGUUGGUAAGCAGAGAUUCUGCAAUGACUGCUAUGAGAGAACAAAUGGAGUACCUCAAAAUUCAAAACAAAGAGACAGUCAAGUUAAAAGAGGAAAAUGAAACAAUGAAGCAGAAUUUACAAUUGUUAAAUGGUUUAAAUAACAUAUUAAAUGCAACAUGUGAAGACGUAGAGAAGAUGCUCCAAGGAUACACAGAUGUUAAAACUGUUGCUAUAUUUGCUACUGCUCUUAAAAGAGGUCUCUGCGAAUCGGAAGCCAAGAAGCGCGAGUCGCGCGACAAGCUCCACGCAGCCAAGCAACAGAUCGCAGCCGAGAAGCUCAACGUAAGGGACUUGCAGGCCAAGUUGCUCCAUGCAGAAGAUAAACUGACGGACAUGGAAAGGAAAUAUCAAGCACUGGCCAAAAGGAAAGCCGGAGAUAUGACCGAGAAAUGUAUUGAUGACAAGCCGGCUCACGCGGAGGCGCACUCUCUCAAGCACAUGCGGCCGAGCUUGGAGAACGUUGAAUCUUUGAAUACCACUAAUAAUACCAGCAUUAGGACGUUAGUGGACCGUAUAGAAAAUGCAGAUUCGCCGUAUCUAAGUCUGAAACAAAGUAAUCUGGCUCUAACUGCGUUGCAGAGGGCGCCGAAGCAUGCCCUAUCCCUAGACAGGAUCAAGCCAUCGGAGUUAGCUAUAAUAAACUCAGCCAGAAGCACUGUCUCGAAGAAGCCAUUAGACAAUAAAUCAUUGAGCAUAUUUGCCAAAAAAGAGCCAGUAACGUUAGAUCCAGAUGUCGAGAUGGAGUCCUCACAGAACAAUAUCUGCUACGACGGACUCGGAGGGCAUUCUAAAUUGGAAAUAUUUCCAGUUCCCAGUAAUAGACCUCUGAAGAGUUGUGUGCCCAAAGUCACUCCCAGGCACCGAUUAAAAAGACCAGCAUCUUCGGGAAGUCAGGAUAUUGGCAAGAUGAUUGAGAAGUUAAUGGACAAGUGAAUAUGUGUACUAUAGUCAGUAGGUUGCAUUAUAUCUUUGGUGUUGAUGUCAUUGUGCUAUUUGAUGAUUAGUAUUAGAAGUUUUAUUGCGCAUUCACUCAAAAAGACAAAAACAGUCCGACCUAAAUAGCUCAAUGUUCAAGUUGGAUUAAUAUAUUCUAUUAAUAAGUUGGUUUUAAGUUUAGAAGCGUUUACGCUGAGGCGUGGGAGGACAGGCGCACAAUCAGACCGCAUGCUAUUGGUGUGGUAAGUCAACAAUAUCACAGAGGUAUUUUUCUCUUAGUUUUUUUUUGUUGUUAAAAAACCACACCCUGUACACUGGAUGUGAGGGGCAUUCUCGAAGGAAAGGAUAAUAAAGUGAACAGUAAUGUGAGCGUAGAACAAUCCCAGUACUUAAUGAUGUGGAGUCCGGGGUCGGGGGACUAGGGGAGCGCCGGCCGCCGCCCCGCGGAGUCUCCACUCGCGUGCUUGGAUGGCGAUCAACCCAUUCACUCAUGUAAGCCGACUUUAUGUAAUCUAACUUUAUGUAAACUACCAGAUUUUUGCUGUUUAAAAAUUGUCUAGGGUUGUUUACGUGUUGUGUUUUAGUAUAGAUUUAAUGUUUAUAAAUAUAUAGAAUUAAUAAUGUAUGUAUUUGUUAAUUUUUGGAAGUCUUUCAUCGCAUGACCGUAUAAUAAAUGUAGGAAUUUCAAAGCGUUCAUACAUUAUUGAUUAUUCGUUCAUCGUCAUGUUUUUAAUUAUUUAAGAUGAUUCCGUUGAUGUUGGAUAAUUUUACUUUAGUAUUGAAGAGCUCAUAGCCACUGUCCCGAAGCAGUCCAAGUUGCAUGCCACUAAUACAGUACACUUGAGACUCGGACCUCAUGUCUCAGUGCGAUGGCCUUGCCAUUAGGAGCUCGUUUGUAAUUACUUAAUAAAUAAUAAUAAUUAAGAAUACUUACUAAAUCAAGACAAUUCCAGAGCUUUAAGUCGUAAUUUUUUAAGUGAUUG